UCGAAUAGUUUCUAUGUUGAACUUACUUUACAUUCCAAAUUGGUGUUUUCCAUUGCUUUAAUUAACAAUCUGUAAGUCAAAUUUUAUCUAAAAUCGAACAAUUUUUCAAUGGCAUUUUGGAUGAUUUGCAAGAUCAUCUGUAUAUGUACGGUACAUAGGCUAAUGGAAACUAAUAAAUGUCUUAUAAAUGAAUAUAUACAACAUAUAAUGCCUGAAAAAUACAAUCCACAAAUGUACUUGUCAACUGUAAUCCACCCCCCCCCCCUCCCCGGGAACCUGGACCAUAGCGGGGCAUUAGUAGGGGCUGAGAAGGGGACGUACGCAUAGUUUUGUCCCUGAAGUGCCGGGACUCGAAAGGGUCUGGAAUUUUACAUGUUGGAGUAGCCGUGGUUUCGGAUGUAGGCACAGUGCUUUCAAAAGGGGUCUGGUCCUACCUAGCCUACACUAGGCCUAGAAAUUCAAUCAGCAAUUGCUGUGUGUUUUGGUAAUUAAACAAUCGCCUACUACCUGUACUCUAGGCCUACCAUCAUGUAAUUUUUUUGGGGGUACAUCUGGAAUUGGAAGGCGCCCCCCCCCCAAUCCCCAGAUACGCCACUGGGUUCAUUGAGUUGCGUUGACUCGAGGCCUACAGUAGACUACUGUACAUCCCUAUGUGCAGUAGGUUUGGUAAACAGGGCAUAUAAAAAAAAAUACAUUCAUCACAGUACAUUCUCUACUGUAUAGACCUUUUUUGGAUUUUGUGUGUGUGUGUGUGCGUGGGGAGGAGGUGAUGAGUAUGCACUCAUCCUGGAUAGGGCCUAUAGAUGAAAAUCAAAGGGCUUGUACAGUGUGUACUACGAGGUUGGUAUUGACACUGUGUGUAAUCUUCAAUAUCAUUAUAUUUAUCAAAUGAUAAUUCAAUACAGUAUAUUUAUUUUUUUUUUUUUAGGAUGCUACAAGGUUUUCACAGCUUUGCCAAGAAGUUCAUUUGAAGAGAAAUUCACAUAAAAUUAAUUGAACUAUUGUUAAUGUAUUGAACUUCCAAAAGUAAAAAAUAAAUAAAACGAUAAUUUGUAGUGUUGAUAUGUUUAUUUAUUUUUUUUAAACUCUGGAACUAUCAUUAAAAAUGUCUGCUGACCACAACACAAAGAAAAAUGUUACAGAAUUAAGUGAAUUAAAAGUAAAUAAACAGGGUGGUUCUAUUAAACUUGGUGAAAAAAAUAAGGAGGAGAGAAUAUAUAAAUGUGAACAUUGUGGAGAAAAAUUUGAUUUAGUUACUUUAAAAACACAUUUGGGAAUCAAAACAGAAGAUGUGCCAUUUCAAUGUAAACAUUGUGAAAAACAAUUUGAGCUCAACAGUGAAUUUGAAAAACAUAUACAGAUGCACACAGAAGGGACACAACAUGAAUGUGAAUAUUGUGGAAAGAAAUUGAAAUACCAUGGUUCUUUUAAAACCCAUUUAAUGUUGCAUGCUGGAGAGGGACCAUAUGAAUGUGAACAUUGUGAAAAGAAAUUUAAUAGAAGCAGUGAUUUAAAACAACAUUUGAGGAUACAUACAGGAGAAAGCCCAUUUGAAUGUGAACGUUGCAGAAAGAAAUUUAAACGGCGUAGCACUUUGAAAACGCAUGUAAGGACACAUACAGGAAAGAGGCCAUAUGAAUGUGAACAUUGUGGAAAGAAAUUUUAUAAAAGUAGUAAUUUAACACAACAUUUGUGGGUACAUGCAAGAAAAAGACCUUAUAAAUGUGAAUAUUGUGGAAAGAGAUUUAAACAGUGUGCAACUUUGAAAAAACAUGUAAGAAUACAUACCAAAGAGACGCCAUAUGAAUGUGAACAUUGUGGAAAAAAAUUUAAACAAUUGUCCACUUUGAAAAGACAUGUAAUUGAACAUACAGGAGAAAGACCAUAUAAAUGUGAACACUGUGAAAAUACAUUUAAAAGUAAUAGACAAUUAAAAGAACAUUUAAGGAUACAUACAGGAGAAAGCCUGUUUGAAUGUGAACAUUGCAGAAAGAAAUUUAAACAGCGUAGCAGUUUGAAAACGCAUUUAAAGACACAUACAGGAGAGAGGCCAUAUGAAUGUGAACAUUGUGGAAAGAAAUUUCAUAGAAAAGCUGGCUUGAAACAACAUUUGAGGAUACACACAGGAGAAAGACCAUUUGAAUGUGAACAUUGUGGAAAGAAAUUUUAUAGAAGUAGUCAUUUAACACAACAUUUGAGGGUACAUACAGGAGAAAGACCUUAUAAAUGUGAAUAUUGUGGAAAGAAAUAUAAACAGUGUGCAACUUUGAAAAAACAUGUAAGGAUACAUACAGGAGAGAGACCAUAUGAAUGUGAACAUUGUGGAAAGAGAUUUAAACAGUGUGCAACUUUGAAAAAACAUGUAAGGAUACAUACAGGAGAGAGACCAUAUGAAUGUGAACAUUGUGGAAAGAAAUUCAAUAAUAGUAAUCAUUUUAAACAGCAUUUUAGGAUACAUACAGGAGAGACUCUAUACGAGUGUGAACAUUGUGGAAAGAAAUGUAGUAGAAGUUAUAAUUUAAAACAACAUUUGAGGAUACAUACGGGAGAGACUCCAUAUGAGUGUGAACAUUGUGGAAAGAAAUGUAGUAGAAGUUAUAAUUUAAAACAACAUUUGAAGAUACAUACAGGAGAAAGACCAUAUGAAUGUGAACAUUGCGGAAAGAAAUUCAAUCGUAGUAAUCAUUUAAAAGAACAUUUGAAGAUACAUACAGGAGAGACUCCAUAUGAGUGUGAACAUUGUGGAAAGAAAUGUAGUAGAAGUUAUAAUUUUAAACGACAUUUGAAGAUACAUACAAGAGAACAUCAAAAAUAAAUAAAAUGAUAAUUUGUACUGUAGUGUUGAUAUGUUAUUGUUAAUUGAUUUAUUUUUUUUUAACCUCUGGAUCUAUCAUUUAAAAUGUGUGCUGACCACAACAUGAAAAUAACUGUAACAGAAUGCAAUGAAUUAAAAGUAAAUGAUCAGGGUGGUUCUAAGAAACUUAGUUAAAAAAAAAAAGAGAGAAUACAAAUGUGAACAUUUUGGAGAAAAAUUUGAUUUUUAUAAACACAUUUGAGAAUGAAAGCAGAUGUGCCAUUUCAAAGCCAUAUGGAUGUGAACAUUGGGAAGAAAUUUAUUAGUAGCCAAUUAAAACAUUUAAGAAUACACAAAAGAGAAAGACCAUUUAAAUGUGAACAUUGUGGAAAGAAUCUUAAGCAGUGUUUCUGUUUGAGAAUGCAUGUAAGAGUACAUACUACAAUACUACACGAGAGACACCAUAUGAAUGUGAACAUUGUGGGGAUAAAUUUAAACAGUGUAGUCCCACCGAUUUAAAAAAACAUGUAAGAAUACAUACAGUACAGUAGAGAGUCCAUAUGAAUGUUAACAUUGUGGAAAGAAAUUUACCAGCCAAUCAAAAGAACAUUAAGACACACAAAGUAUUGUUGAAGCAGCAUUGGAGGAUACAUACAGAAGAGACUCAAUAUACUGUAAACAUGAACUAUUUGUGGAAAGAAACUUCCUCCGUGAAAACGCAUUUAAGGAUACAGAAUACAGGAGAGUGAAGAGGAGAAAGUAAUAGCAAUUUAAAUGGAACCAACACUCAAGGAUACACAAAAAGAGAAAGAAAAUUUGAAUGUGAACAUUGUUGAAACAACAUUUGAGGAUACAUACAAAAGAUACUCUGUAUCUGUUUUGAAAAGAAAUUUAAACAGGAUACCACUGUGAAAACACAUGUAAGGAUACAUGGAGAGUAAACAUAUGAAUGUAAACACAGGAAACUAUUUUGAAUGUAGUAGCAAUUUAAGCCAACAUUUAUGGAUACACAAAGGUGAAAGCCCAUUUGAAUAUGAAUGUUGUUGAAACAACAUUUGUGGCAAAGACAAGCCAAACCAUUCACUAGUCGCAAACCCUAUUUUAGAGAUAAUGAUCAAAAAACAUCCUGGGACAUCAACAUUUUUAAAAUCUAUUUUAUAACACUAAACUAACCUUUAAUCUAAAUUUACCAUUUCUGGCCUGUAGAGGGCCCUGUUGAUACCAGUCCCUACCUGAAAAUAUUUAGUAUGGGUCAUAGUAGAUGUGUGCCUAGUUUCAUGCUUUUAUCAAAAAGUGCAGGAUUAGGUCAGAACUUGUGCCUAAACUGCUGGACUAAGGCUUUAAAAGCUGAUUUCUCAAAUAUAGUAUGUUUUAAUAAACUCCUGUAACUUCAUAAUGAAAUGUCAGAUUUAAAUGAUUCUUUACCAUUUUAUAGCUCUCACUUUUACUGUUUAACCUUGUAUUAACCUUAAAAUUGAUUUUUGCAACAAGUGACUAGCUUUGCUUAGCCGUACAUUUUGAAUAGUAUAGUAGUACCAGGACGUAAUGAUUGACUCUGCAUAUAAUAAUAGAUAAACUUCAGUAACUAACUCUUGUAAAUAAUUGUAAAUAAUUGUAUCAUUUUGUAUUUUCUGUUUUAUUUAUGUCCUUGAUUAAUUUUUAUUAACUUUUAUACUAAUUUUUUCU